GCCUUCGGCUGUUGCUGCUGAAUCAAAACAAUGGCCGACUGGCAUGCUAGCAUUUCACCUCUUGUGAUCUUUUUAAGUGUUUAAUAGGCAACGUUCACUGUCUCAGUGUAAGAGAGUCUCACUGGGAUGGACAGAUGAUUUAAUAAGUGUGUUUUUGAAGGAAGAAACCUGCUGCCGCAUCCGCUUCUCGCUGCCAAAAUGAGCGAUGUUGUGGAGAAGACACUGACAGCUCUGCCCAGCCUCCUGUCUUUAGACUCUCAGCCUGGAUCUGCGAAACUGUCCUCCACCUCCAAACUCGGAAACCUCAUCAGAGGAAUCACCGAGCUAACGUCCAAACAUGAGGAAGAGAAACUUAUUCAGCGUGAACUGGCAUCUAUCAAAGAACAGGUGUCCUCCCCCAACACCUCCAUGAGGCAGAUGAAGGAGCUAAUGGUGAGAGCAAUCUACUGUGAAAGCCUGGGUUAUGAGGCUUCCUUCAGCUAUAUUCAUGCCAUUAAACUGGCUCAACAAGGCACUGUUCUGGAGAAAAGAGUCGGUUACCUCGCUGUGUCUCUGUUUCUGAACGAAAGUCAUGAGCUGCUUCUUCUUCUGGUGAACACUGUGUUAAAGGAUCUUCAGAGCACAAACCUUAUUGAAGUGUGCAUGGCUCUAACUGUCGUCAGCCAGAUGUUCCCCAAAGAUAUGAUACCUGCGAUCCUUCCUCUGGUAGAGGAGAAACUUAAUCACCCAAAAGAAAUCAUUCGACGAAAAGCAGUUCUGGCACUGUACAAAUUCUACCUGAUAGCACCAAACCAAGUCCAACACAUCCACAACAAGUUUCGCAAAGCUCUGUGUGACAAGGAUCCUGGUGUUAUGACAGCUUCACUGCACAUCUACUUACAGAUGAUCCAGGAGAAUCCAGAGGGUUAUAAGGAUUUAACAGCAAGUUUUGUCACCAUACUGAAGCAGGUGGUGGGAGGAAAGCUGCCCAUGGAUUUUAACUAUCACAGUGUUCCUGCCCCAUGGCUUCAAAUCCAGCUUCUCAGAAUACUGUCCUUACUUGGAAAAAAUGACCAGAGUACAAGCGAGAUCAUGUAUGAGGUCCUCGACGAGUCUUUACGAAGAGCAGAGAUGAAUCAUAACAUCACCUAUGCAAUAUUAUAUGAGUGUGUCAAAUGUAUUUACACAAUUCAUCCCAAAUCUGACCUUUUGGAAAAAGCUGCAAAGUGCAUUGGUAACUUUGUUCUGUCACCGAAGAUAAAUCUCAAAUAUCUGGGCUUGAAGGCCCUCACCUACGUGGUCCAGCAGGAUCCCAAACUGGCCCUGCAGCAUCAGAUGACCAUCAUAGAGUGUCUUGAUCACCCUGACCUCAUCAUCAAGCGUGAGACACUGGAGUUGCUCUUUCGGAUCACUAACGCCCAGAAUGUCACCGUUAUUGUCGAGAAGAUGCUGGAGUUUCUGCACAGCAAUACGGAUGACUACACUACUAUUGACCUUGUGGGGAAGGUGGCAGAACUGGCAGAAAAAUAUGCACCAGGCAAUGAGUGGUUCAUUGAGACCAUGAACACAGUGUUUUCAGUGGGUGGAGACAUGAUGCAGCCUGACAUCCCAAACAGUUUCCUUAAACUGCUCUCUGAGGGAUUUGACACUGUGGAGGAGGACAGGAAGCUGAGGCUGUUUGCUGUGGAUUCAUAUGUUUCUUUGCUGCAAGGAGAGCCUGGCAAGCUGCCACAGCGCUUCCUCCAGGUCAUCAGCUGGGUCCUCGGUGAAUACUCUCAUCUGAGGGAGGAACUUGAACCAGCCACAGUCAUGAGGCUGCUGGCAAAGCUGCUGGACAUGAAGCAAACCAGCAGCGAGACCAAGAGCUGGGUCCUCCUGGCAAUGACCAAGCUCGUGAGGGCGGGGCAGGUGUUUCAGUCCGCUCAGGAGGUUUCUGAGACAUAUGGCAGCUCGAUGGACACAGUGCUGAGACAGAGGGCUCAGGAGCUGCAGCAUCUCAGCCAAGACUGUGAACUACGAGCCAGGGUGCUACCUCAAGACGCUGGCCUGGAGCCCCUGGAGGUGGAUUCCUCUCUCUCCUUUCUUGAUGGAUUUGUGUCGGAAGCAUUGGCCGCUGGCGCUGCUCCAUAUAAGCCUCCCCAUCAACGGCAGGAGGAACUAGCUCAGGCAAAAGCAUUGAGCCUGGAGCCAUACGGCCUGUCCCUGCCCAUCAGCAUGUCCUCAUGCAGCAUUGCCGACAGACAGUCUCCUACACUGUUGUCCAUGAGCUCUGGUCUGUCAGGCGACAGCACCGACCUCUCACACAAAGGAAGCUCUACAACUCUGAAGCUGGAUGGAGUGAAGAGGGUGUGGGGGAGAGAGGGGUAUCUGGCGCAGAGGGAGGCUGUGGAGGAAGCUGCCCAGGUGGAGGUACCGAGUCCCCUAAGGUCACCCAGCCAACAGGCGGAGGCUGACAGCUCCCACAGCCAGACUCCAACUCCCACACCGACCCCUGAGCCUGAUCAAGAAAAACAACAACUGGCUUCUUCUCUGUUUUUCGGCCUCAGCUCCCAAAGCUCUGUGUGUCUGAUGGGAAAAUCUGAGCCGACGCCCCAGCGGUUCAGAAGAAAAGCCAAAGGUCAGGCCUCGUCCUCGGGUGCCGCUGAACAAAUAUCCAAUUCCCUUGUCUCCGCCCCCAGCGCUGUGGAUAACUUUCUGUGUAACAACCUACUGGACUCCAACAUCACCUCACAAGUGGGCAUUUCCUCAUCUGAGCAGACAUCUGAACUCUCUCAGGGCCCUGCUACUACUAAUGGCACCUGUGAUACGGAAGCUGAGUCAACUGACGGUGACAUAAAGGGAAGUAACCCCUCCCUCAUCAUCGGGGAUAAUGGUUUGGUAGCUGCUGAUCCCACUCCACACAAAGACCCAGGCAGCCCUAAAGACUUUUGUCUCAGCUCUCAUCUGCCUGCAGAGCUUUCUGAACUCUGCCGCUCAGAAAUCACUCCUCUGUGCUCCAACCAAAGCCUGGGACUCUCAGCCUGUCAUGUGCACAAAGAGGAUUCCUUAGUGCUAGUCGUUUUCAUUACCAACUCCUCUGAUGCUGCCAUUCGACAGAUACUACUAGAUCUUGACUCAGAACAACUACAGGUAUCCUGUGUGUCUGACAGUCCAGUGGAGGACGUGACAAGCCACAGUGUAGCAAUGCACCAGUUUUCCCUGACUGUGAAGAGGCCUUCAGUUCAUGUUGAAGUAGUCGGGAUGGUAUCUUACCAAUUGCCUGUUGGGACACCUCAGGAAGUGCAGUUCUCAUACAAACUCCCCCUAACCAGCUUCAUCAGACCUUUGACGGUGUCCACAGAGGAGUACGGAACGAUGUGGCUGUCGUUCUCUCAUGAUACAAAGCAAAAUCUGACGCUGAUAAGUGACGGAGAAGAACCUCUCACAGCCACUCUGAAUGUACUGAAGGAGAAACUUCAGCUCCAUAUUGUGGAAAUCAUAGGUAUGGAGGGUAUCAUAGCUUGCCAGCUCCUCCGGGAUCAGCCGUGUCUGAUGCACUGCCGCGUGCAUGCGGAUGUGCUGGCCGUGUGGCUGCGCUCUCCAGUCCCCGACCUGCCCGACUGCCUGAUCUACCACUGUCAGAGGGCUUUACAGGAGCACUGAGCCCCAACUGCAACACCUCCACUGACACCACUGACCGACCAGACCACCAGAACCCUCAACCACUGAAGAGGAAGGUACACACAGCUGUAGUGCAGAACAGAAAGGGAGAUAUCUGAUGUUGUGCAUUCUCAUCUUACAUAUUACAGUGUUUACUGUUUGUUUAUCUCUUCCAUUAUAAGUUACUUAGUAGGAUUUGGUCUUGAUGUCCACAGGUCAUUGAAUAUUUCACAGGAUCACAACUGUUUGAAAGUCAUGGCUGGUGAUAACCUCAGGGUUAAAAGACUGUUUGUUUAACCCUAUGUGGGCGUUUGGUGUUUGGAGAACACUAAUGUCUUAAAAUGAUGACUAGGGCUGCAAAAUGACUUGAAAACUUUUGAAAUGAAUACUUAGAAUGAUAUUGUUGGUAUAAGGGAAAGUUGUGAAGUUAUUUCUGUGCCUCUGGUCUGCAUGUUCCAUAGUAAGAGAGAGAUGAUGACAGUGAAGCCAAUUUGGAAUUAAAUACGUUUUCAUUCUGUACCUUAAGACAUUUCACUGCUAAACUCACUCGGCUGCGUUUUUUUUUUUUUUUUUUUCAUGUUCAUCAAUAUAAUUGAAGUAAUAGUCAUUAUAAUGGAAGAAAUAAGUCCAAUCCUUACAUUGUAUUGAUUGAUGAUACUUCUUAAGUGUUUUGGGAAGAACAGAGGAUAUUGGUAUCUUUUAGGAGUAGCAAUUAAAUGACUUUCACAAACUGUUACAGGAGAAUUUAAAAUAUUCUACCUGUCAGUGAAGCAAACUAAUAUUUACUUACAAUUUCUUUUCAAAGAAACCCUUUGUGUUUCCAUGCAGCAAAAAUAGUUUUACAUCCUUGUUUGUCUUAAAGAUGACACUACAUCAAUGCUCAGCUGCAGCACUGACACUUAAUUCUUCCAUCAAUGAUGUGUAUUUUGUCUUAAGUACUACAGUGAGGAUCUCACUCUGCGUCGUCCAUGUUGUCUGUUUAUCAUUAUGGUGAUGAUUUGCAGAUACUGCCUUCUGUGUGUUAUGAUUGUCUAUGCACUCAUGUUUCUGGUUUCGGUGAGAGGUGGAUUUUAGUGGUUUUUGAUUAUUAUAUUUUUCUAUCAAUGCAGUAUUAAAAACAUAUUUAUUGGAUUUAUAUUCUUACAGAAAAUAUUUUAUAUUAAUUUCACUCAAAGAAAAAGUAAUCAUUCGCUUCAUCAUGUACUGUUUUGAUUGCGCUGUGCCAGAUUUGGCUUUCAGUUUGUAUGACAUGUCUCAACCUGUUUUAUUUAAUUUAACCUGAAGGGAAAAUUUACCUUUUAUCAUUUUUUUCUUUUUUCUUUUUUGUCUGUGUUGUGAUCUGAAACACGGUCUGAUGCUAACAAAGCGUCAAAAACUCAACUUUAACCCAACGCCUUAUGUUCUAAUGCCAAGCUGGCGUGUUUGAUUUGUGCCUGUGGUACAGAGAAAAAUCAUUGUUACUUGGAGCGUCUGUCACUGCGCUCGACUAACUUCUGAAUAAAUUCUACACAUGUAAAUUAA